GGAAUCCUAUCGUUUUCCCCUCCCCAGUUUAUUCCUCGCUGAUGGCUUCCAACCCUAACAUGGCCGCCAACGCCGCCGCUUCUUCCGACGGGGCUGACGCCUCUUCGAACGAUGACAUCGACCUUCUACUCGCCGGUCUCCAGCUUCGCCCGCCGUACCUGGGCACCAACUCGUUGCUUCCCCAAAACGUCGUCGACUUCCUCCUCCGCAACGGAGGCAGCGGCCUCGAUGAUGAGGGAGACGAAGAAGAGGAGGACGACAACGAGGAGGAGGACAUGAUGGAGCACCGAGGUGAGGGGUGGAAGAACCGCCGGCUGCUCGCGAAGGAGGAGAGCAAGUUGGAGAGGGAGAUCUUGCGGAUCAUCGAAACUGGCAACGGUUUCGAGGCUCUCAAGGUGAACUCCGGCCAGUCUGUGGCCAUCGGCGAUCACAACAUUUGUGUCGGCGUCCACGAGGAGCCCGACUCAGAGUAUCGGCUAUGGCAGUGGCACGGACACAUCAUGUUAUUCGAUGAGGACGAUGGCUACUCGCUUGAGUACAUUCACGGGUUUCACCACGAGUUGGUUCCACCGCAGCAGCGAGGGAGGAAACAGGUCGUCCAUGAGGAAGAGGAAAAGAGCAAGACAAAGGUCGACGUGGUCGGGAAUUCAGGACUCAAGGACUUGAUUAGUGGGAAUGUAGUGGAAUCGAUCGGAAAUGCAGCGGGAAGGGUUCUCCAUCGAAAUUCUCUCAAAGGUCAAUCUCUACAUCAAGGUAAUGAGAAAUAAACAACACGAAUGAGGUUUUUGUUCUUAUGGCAUGUUUUUAACAUUAAGCGUAAAUCAAAGAAGUUGUGCUGUAUCUGGAUGAUCUUUGGUGGCCAAUAAAGUAAGCUUGUGUUGAAAACUCCCCAUGGGUUGGAUCUAUAACAUACUUUGUGGUGAAUUUGAUGUUUUUUCUCGUCACCAUAUACUGGACUCCAAAAAUUCAUGUUGAA